AUUUUCGGGCUUGCAAAUGCUUUCCUGGAUGACCCUGAAUCUGGGCUUGAUGCUGCAACUGUGGAACGCAUUCGAAAUCUGCCCCAACACCAUCUUUCUCUUGAUGAUGACACUGAUCUCAAGUCUGCUGUUAAACUCUAUCUUAAAUUGUCGCAUGCGGGGAAGGACUACGAAGCAGCGCGCCAGAGUCUGAUGGAAUCCAAAGAUGUCGAGGAUUUCCUGACACUCUACCAAGCCAAACGAGCUGUAGAACAGCUGAGUGGCGUCUCUGGUAUCAUGCACGAUAUGUGCUUCAAUUUAUGUGUUGGUUUCACAGGUCAAUUUGUGCACCUCGGGUCCUGUCCAAUAUGCCGCUCUUUGCGCUAUGACCAGGUCGUUCUCGCACAAAGUAAGGGCAGGAAGAAAGUUGCACGCAAGCAGUUUGCAACUAUUCCAUUCAGCCCACAACUCCAGGCUAUGUUUCGUAAUCCCUGUCGUUUUGUUGCUCUGCUCGUUGUUUUUCAUACUAGAUGUGCAUGUACAUUAUGCAUUAUGAUCCGACCCACGCUGAAUUGCACGCAUAGCUUGUGUCGCUCGAUUUCACUCGAUUUGUGCUACAACCAAAAAAACUCGGUAAAUAUUGUCUAA